AAGUGGAACCGUUCUGUUUUCAUUUUUUCGCUUGUGUUCUUCCCCCGUUUGUUUGGUUUUUCGUCAAUUCCUCCCUGUUUUGUGGAAAUUGCUGUAAUUUUCUCUCCAAAAUCAACGACAUUUGACAGCCCAUUCACAUUCCCACCCUGUGAUUUUGGAGUCGACAAGGGGAGCACACACGACGGAAACAUCAACAGAGAGGAGAAAUUGUUUUGCAAGGACGUUUGAUACCUUUGAGGACUGAAGAGAUGUCACAGAGCCAAAACGCAAACGUUAUUGGGAUCCACUACAAGGUUGGGAAGAAGAUUGGGGAGGGCUCCUUUGGUAUUAUCUUUGAGGGUGUGAACUUGUUGAACAACCAGCAAGUUGCCAUCAAAUUCGAGCCGAGAAGAAGCGAGACGCCUCAGUUGAGAGACGAGUAUAGGGCUUACAGGAUAUUGGCUGGCACAUAUGGAAUCCCCAGAGCCUACUACUUUGGUCAGGAGGGACUGCACAACAUAUUGGUUAUCGACCUUCUCGGGCCUUCGUUGGAGGAUCUCUUUGACUGGUGCGGACGGAAAUUCAGCGUCAAAACAGUGGCACAGGUUGCCAAACAGAUGAUCACCAGAGUCCAGGCGAUACACGACAAGGAUCUAAUCUUUAGAGAUAUCAAGCCGGAUAACUUUUUAAUUGGAAGACCGAACACACCAACGGCGAACACGGUGCACAUUGUGGACUUCGGAAUGGCCAAAUAUUAUAGAGAUCCAAAGACCAAGCAGCAUAUUCCAUAUAGAGAACGUAAAUCGCUGAGUGGAACUGCAAGAUACAUGUCUAUCAAUACACAUUUGGGCAGAGAACAGUCGAGAAGGGACGAUUUGGAGAGCUUGGGUCAUGUUUUCCUGUAUUUCUUGAGAGGUGCAUUGCCGUGGCAAGGUCUAAAGGCUCCAACUAACAAGCAGAAGUAUGAGAAGAUUGGCCAGAAGAAGAAAUCGACCCCAAUCGCCGAGCUCUGUGAAGAAUUCCCUCCACAGUUUGGCGAGUACUUGACCUAUGUCAGAAACUUGAAAUUUGAAGAAGAUCCAGAUUAUGAUUACUUGAGAUCCCUUAUGGAUGCUGCAUUGGAGUCUAUUCAUGAAACUGAAGAUGGAUAUUACGACUGGAUGGCACUAAAUGGAGGCAAAGGCUGGGACUCACAGAUUAAUAAGAAACCAAAUCUACAUGGUUACGGGAACCCAACUCCAAGAAAUACACAACAGAAUUUCCCAUUGAGUGGUCAACAGCAACAACAGCAGCAGCAACAGCUGUCCUCACAGACCAAGCAAAAGGUCCAUUCCUUGAAUAACUCAAGAUCAAAGAUUCCAAAACUUGCACAGGGAAACUACUUGAUGAAUUCAUCGCAGUAUGCAAUAAACUCAAACAAAGUUAGUGAUCCUCAGCAAAACCUGAUUGGAGAUCAAAACGAUCUGAGAUCUGAAACAUCCUCGAAAAAGGGAUUCUUUGCCAAAUACUGCUGCUGUUCCUGAAGUGUAAUAUUAAAAGAAGGGCAUGUUUAAUCAUAAUUUACUUGUAUUCUGAAAGAAAGUCAUACAAAAUCACAACACUAAGAAGAGAAGAAAAAAUGAAAAAAAAAAUACAGAAACAAAAGACCGUC